AUGUUAAAUCCCCUCUUCAAUAUCGUUCCCUUUAAUUAUCAUCGGGAAUAGUUCCGAACGCAUGCGCUCACUCAUGGUUUUGUUGUUACAUUCUUCACCAUAAAUCGGUUUCGGGCAGGUGUUUCGUGUUCACACGAUAUCAACAGUAAUCAAGCAACUGGUACUGGCUUUGACAAUUGACGUACAACCGGAAGGAUUGAUAAGAAUAUAAACGUCGUGAAACGAUAAUUGCCUUUUCGUAAAUCCGAUCUACGUAGAUUUUGCAACAUGUCGCUUAUUUCUAUUGACGACAGCGACCCUUGGUUUGCCGAGUUCCAAGCUUGCGAGAAGCUUUUCAGGGAAAUCAUGGAGCAAUUUACAGCGCGCAAUAAACAUCCGAGAGCUUCACAAGCACACGCGAUUAUAUCAGCGAAUGUACGAAUUCGUCUCAAACAGUACAAUCGAGAUAUUCAACAGCUGAAAAACAAAGUGGAUGACGCCUUAAAAUUGAGGACCAUAACUGUCAACGAGGCAGAACGAAGAACGCGGCAAAUCGAGAUAUUGGAGAGUAAGGAAGUGCAGUUGAAAAAGUUGUACGAGACACGGUCAAAUAAUUUAGCGUCGUCCCGUGCGAGUUUACUUACGUCGGGAAGAUCAGCGUUUGCAGAUGGUGGAACAACCUCUUGGGCUGCUGACGAUGACGACGACGACGAUAAGCCUCUUUUAGAUACACAAGUAACUGUUGCUGAUCUUAUGACUCAACAAGACAGGGUCUUACAAGAGCAAGAUAAAAGUUUAGAAGAGUUAUGCAAAGUUAUUGCGAGGCAAAAAGAGAUUGGUCAGACUAUCGGUAACGAAGUCGAUCAUCACAAUGAAAUAAUUGAUAAUUUAGCCAAUCAUAUGGAUACGACGGAUGAAUCCCUGGUUAACAGAACGCAACACAUACAAACAAUUACUGCCAAAGAUCGUACGUGCGGAUACUGGAUAGUAAUAGUUCUUCUUUUUAUUUGUAUCAUCAUAGUUGUCCUAAUUCCAUAAUUUUUAACACAAUUAAUGUGAUGUAUAAAAAUGAUCGAUUUUCUUUUAAUUGUACAUUUGUCUGUUGUAAAUAUUUCUUUACGAAUUAUUGCAUUUUACUCUU